CAGGGCAGUCUGGACUCUUAAAGCAGGCAGCCUUGGGAAGGCAUCAUCAGGGAGCAAGUUACAUGUCCACCCAGUAAAAGAGAGAGAGAGAAAGAAAGAGUAGGCAGACUGCCCAAGAGGGACUGUGCUUGCCUAUUGUUAACAUAUACUUGACCCUCACUAACCUCCUCACGACACAGAUGUCUCCUACCUCUAUCACCUCCCACUGCUUUAAGCCCUCCCCCCCUGCACCUGGGUAGCUGAGCCAGGCCGGCUGCUUGCAGUAUGCUGUUUGACUUUAGAGGUGGCUGGUAGCAGAGGGAGAGACACAGACACAGCGGAGUCUUUCUGCGGGCGGAUCUGCACAGACAUUGCAUGGAGCUUCUCUUCCAAGGCAGACGCAAGGCAGUCCUGCAAAUCUAUGCAUCGCCGUCUUAGAGAGAGACAGACAGAGACACCACCACUGACAGUAGCAAUUCCCUAUACUCCAGAUUACAUUGGUCUGCAGCAGCAACAGAAAGGGACCUGGGCAUUACUUCGUUUUAUUUGUGGUUCUUGCUCCUUUCCCCUGGACCCAGUUGUCUCUCUCGCACUGCUCCCCCUUUGAAAAGCGGCUGGAGUUCCUUUUCGCCUCGUGUUGACUUUUUGCGGACGUGGAUCAGCUGGACUGGAAGGGAAGCUGCAUUGCACUGCAUUUCCCUCUCCCACUCCCUCUGCCCUCCAGCAGCUUGGGCUGGCGACUCUCCCCCAAGGAGGACGGGAACUUUUAUUUUCAGCUCACAGCCUGUGGCGAAUGGUUGGACUCUCCGGUCCUUUUCAGUCUGGCGGAGAAUUUACCCGGAGAGAUUAGCCCGGCGAGGGAAGGGAUCUGCCUUUUGUUGUGCGGGGUUAGGAGGCGGCAGCCCUGGCCCGGGCGCUCUGGCUGUUCAGCCCGGACUCGCGAAGAUAUUCUGCCAAAUUUGCCCGAAGAAUGAAAUCCAUCAGUGUCAGGAAGACAUUGAGGCAGAAAUUAAUUUAAAGUCAACUGAGAGCUAAUAUGAAAGAGACAUUCGUGAUUUAACUCAUUUUAAAAGCAAAGAUUGAUCUCUGGGCUGGUGAACAUAAUAUCUGUCCCAGUCAGAAAAGGAGAGAGGAAAUUAGCAGAGCGAUUGGUGGAGAAUGAUAUCUGUCAAAAGAAACACUUGGAGAGCACUGAGUUUAGUGAUAGGUGACUGCCGGAAAAAAGGGAACUUUGAAUUUUGUCAAGAUCGCACUGAGAAGCAUUCCACAAUGCCAGACUCACCUGUGGAUGUGAAGACACAAUCCAGGCUGACGCCUCCAACAAUGCCACCGCCUUCCACUACCCAAGGAGCUCCAAGAACCAGUUCAUUCACACCCACAACGUUAACCAAUGGCACUAGCCAUUCACCAACAGCAUUAAAUGGAGCUCCAUCUCCACCUAAUGGCUUUAGCAAUGGGCCAUCAUCUUCCUCUUCGUCCUCUCUGGCUAAUCAGCAGUUACCACCAGCUUGUGGAGCAAGGCAACUCAGCAAACUGAAGAGAUUUCUUACAACCUUACAGCAGUUUGGCAAUGACAUUUCACCAGAGAUUGGGGAGAGAGUACGUACCCUUGUGCUAGGACUUGUGAAUUCUACUUUGACAAUUGAAGAAUUUCAUUCCAAACUGCAAGAAGCUACUAACUUCCCACUGCGACCUUUUGUCAUCCCAUUUUUGAAGGCCAAUCUGCCCCUGCUGCAGCGGGAGCUCCUGCACUGUGCAAGGCUGGCCAAGCAGAACCCCGCCCAGUACCUCGCUCAGCAUGAACAACUGCUUCUGGAUGCCAGCACCACCUCACCUGUUGACUCCUCAGAGCUGCUUCUCGAUGUGAACGAAAACGGGAAGAGGCGAACUCCAGACAGAACCAAAGAAAACGGCUUUGACAGAGAGCCUUUGCACUCAGAGCAUCCAAGCAAGCGACCCUGCACUAUUAGCCCAGGCCAGCGGUACAGUCCAAAUAAUGGCUUAUCUUACCAGCCCAAUGGUCUGCCUCACCCCACCCCACCUCCACCUCAGCAUUAUCGUUUGGAUGAUAUGGCCAUUGCCCACCACUACAGGGACUCAUACAGACACACCACCCACAGGGACCUCAGGGACAGAAACAGACCUAUGGGGUUGCAUGGCACACGACAGGAAGAAAUGAUUGACCACAGGCUAACAGACAGAGAAUGGGCAGAAGAAUGGAAACACCUUGACCAUCUGUUAAACUGCAUCAUGGACAUGGUGGAAAAAACAAGGCGAUCUCUCACUGUACUACGGCGAUGUCAAGAAGCAGACCGUGAAGAGCUUAAUUACUGGAUACGGCGGUACAGUGAUGCAGAGGAUUUAAAAAAAGGUGGUAGCAGCAGCAGCCAUUCCAGACAGCAGAGUCCAGUGAAUCCAGAUCCAGUCCCAUUAGAAUCACAUCGGGAAUUCCUUCAUAGGCCUGCUUCUGGAUAUGUGCCAGAGGAGAUCUGGAAGAAAGCUGAGGAAGCAGUCAAUGAAG